UAAGCCAAACGGCGUACACUAAUCCGAAAAGAACGCGCCAAGUGGGACAUCCAUGCGAGCGCAAACGAGAGGCUGACGCGCGCGCGCGCGCGGGGCGGCGGGCAUGAAGGGCUCGGCGGCGGCGGGCGGCGAGGACGACGUGGAGCUGCUCAAGGCGGUGGCGCAGGCGUGGCACGCGCAGUCGGGCAACCCGCGCGCGGUGGCGUCGGCGGCGGCGCAAGGGGCGGACGACGACGGCGGCGGCGGCGGCGUCUCUUCCUCGGGCACGCGCCGCGCGGGAGUGGGAGGCCCGGGACGGCGCAGGCCGUCACGGUUCAAGCUGGAGGCCGCGGCGAUCCGUGACCGGGACACGCGCGGCGGCGGCGGCGGCGAGAGGGCGUGGGACUUCGCGCAGUCGCUGUGGGACACGUACGAGCUCGUCGCCGUGGCGCGGAGGCUCGAGUCCGGCCUCGUCCUCGCCGACCACCAUCCCGGCGCCGCCGCCGCCCAGGAGCGCGCCGCCACCACGCGGGAAGGAGGAGGAGGAGGAGGAGGGGUGAAGCGAGCGAGGGAGAGCAGCCGCAGCCUGAGGAGCAUAUUCCUCCGGUCAUCGUGGUCAUCGUCCAGGAGGUGUAAAGCUCUCCCAAACACAGAUCUUCUCCAUUGUUUUUUCAGAUAGAGAAUCAUCGAACAAUCAAAUCAUAAGCAUAAUUCAAGAUGCCUUGUUGCAGAAAGCACCUCUACUUCAUCCAUUCAGUCAGAAAAUGGUAACAGAAACAGAAAUUCUUAGAUAGGGAUACAUCAUCUGAGCUCCUCCAGUGGAUUUGGGGUGAAGUGCACCAUCAGAAGGACUGAAGGGGGAUCAGCUGCUUGCGCGACGACGACGGUAGCCGCUCCACCGCUUGUCUGAAUCACGCUCACCGCAUCAGUCGCGGCGCCGCCGCGACCAUAAGCUGCCUGGUAGCCAUGAUAGUUGGAGUAGACAUUCUGAACAUACCCAGCAGGGUAGGGAUGAUAGUUGUAGAUGGCAUUUUCUGAUCAUAGCCAGCAUGGUGGUAUGCAGGAUUGUUGGAGAUGGCAUUCUGAUCAUGAUCAUCAGGGUAGGCAGGAUUCUUGUAGAUGGCAUUCUGAUCAUAACCUGCAGAUGGUUAGCCAGCAUUCCCAUGAGCCUGCUGGUAAGACAUAGGGUUGGCAUAUGCAUAAGGUGGAGCACAAUAUGGCCCAGCAUGAGCUCCUUGCUGAUAGGAUGCAGCUGCAGGAAGAUAAGGCACAGCUUGAGCUCUUUGCUGAUAAGUGAUAACCGUCAGAGUGGUUGUUACAUGAAGCUGCAAAAGGGGUUAUACAUGCUGGUGCAGCUUGAGCUUGUGGCAUGAUGCCACUGGCAUCCCAGAUUGACCUAUUGGUGCUUGUGCCGCUGUUAGCCAUAUUGCAUCUGCUUGUUCAAGAACCAAAGUAUGAAAUAUGUUAGAAUCAUGGUGUUAUCUGCUAAGGGAACAUCUUAAGAGUGGGGCUCAAUGAAUUGAUGACCAAUUGUUAA